AUGGCCCCAGGUGCAUUCGAGCCUGUCUAUGCUCAAGGAGCGGGAUCUGGAAUCGGUGGUUAUGACCUCAGGUCACCUGCAGAUGAAGUAUUCACAUUCGACUAUGAACAUAAUAAAAAGCUCGAUCAUCUUGUUCUCUAUCGACCCGGAACCGGCACAAUCUGGAUUUUGAAAAAUGAUCAAGGCCGUUUUACUCCUGUAUACCAGGAGGGUGAUCCGGGAAACGGCAUUGGGGGCUAUGACCUAAAGUCUACAGCUGAUCAUGUGUUUGCAUUUGACUAUGAUCAUAGUGGAAAGCUCGAUCACCUUGCGCUUUAUCGACCUGGAACCGGCACAAUCUGGAUCCUUAAGAACCACCAUGGCCAGUUUACACCCGUAUAUCAAGAGGGUGACCCGGGACGCGGCAUUGGCGGUUUUGAUCUCAAGUCUCCCGCGGACCGUGCAUUUGCAUUCGAUUAUGAGCACAGUGGAAGGCUUGAUUAUCUUGCUCUUUAUCGACCCGGCACUGGUACUAUCUGGAUCCUUAAGAACGACCAUGGCCAGUUUACACCGGUAUAUCAGGAGGGUGCUCCGGGACGCGGCAUUGGUGGUUUUGAUCUCAAGUCUCCCGCGGACCGUGCAUUUGCAUUCGAUUACGAGCACAGCGGAAAGCUCGACUAUCUUACUCUCUAUCGGCCCGGAACGGGUACGAUCUGGAUUCUGAAGAACGAGCGUGGUCGUUUCUCCCCUGUAUACCAGCAGGGUGCUCCAGGACAAGGUAUUGGCGGCUAUGAUCUCAAAUCCACUGCCGACCGUGUAUUUGCAGUGGACUACGAGCACAACGGGAAAUUUGACUACAUCACCCUUUAUAGGCCCGGAACUGGGACCAUGUGGAUCCUGAAAAACAGGUCUAAUCAGUUUAUCCCGGUAUAUCAAGAAGGCGAUCCCGGUCGAGGGAUUGGUGGCUAUGACCUGAAAUCAGGCGCAGACAAAGCUUUCGCUUAUGACUUCACAGGCAAAAGCGUGUCUGAUCAUAUCGGUCUGUACAGGCCUGGAGCCGGGGCUGUGUGGUUACUGAAAAGACUCUAA